GUAGGAGUAGGACGAGGACGGUGGUCCUAGACUCCCCGGUGGUAAGCAAAGCAACGAAAAAUAAAAGCUCUCCCCACUACAUCUACUCACACAGACAUAUUAUACGUAUUUACUAUUUAGUAUUACCGUAUUACGCGCGUGCGCUCGCUUACGCUACACAAUACGCACACACACACACAUACGUACGACGUUUUUACGCGACUGAAACAGACCAAAUCGCACAGAAAUCCGUGGUCGUUUCGUAUUACAACGAUCCGGGAUUGCUAUCUACUACUACAACUGUAUUUAAGUUUAAUAUCUCAGCUGCAUUUCACCGUCUAACAUGGGGAAUGAAAACUCGCUUCCGAUGGAAUUGUGCUCAAACUUCGAUGCCGACGAAAUCAGACGUUUGGGCAAACGGUUCCGCAAACUCGAUCUGGACAACUCUGGCGCGUUGAGCUUGGACGAAUUUUUAUCACUGCCUGAGCUUCAACAGAACCCGCUUGUGCAAAGAGUUAUAGACAUAUUUGACGAAGAUGGCAAUGGUGAAGUAGACUUCAAAGAGUUUAUUCAAGGAGUGUCUCAAUUCAGUGUUAAGGGAGACAAAGAAUCAAAGUUGCGGUUUGCAUUUCGAAUCUAUGAUAUGGAUAAUGAUGGAUAUAUAUCAAAUGGUGAAUUAUUUCAAGUUUUGAAAAUGAUGGUUGGAAAUAAUUUAAAAGAUACUCAGCUUCAGCAAAUUGUGGAUAAAACUAUAUUGUUUGCGGACAAAGAUGAAGAUGGCAAGAUUAAUUUUGAAGAGUUCUGUUCUGUUGUUGGCAACACAGAUAUACACAAAAAGAUGGUUGUUGACGUUUAAAUUGUAAGUUUUAUCCAACUUCUGUCAAUGUUACAGUCACAAAAAAUAAUUCAAGUUUAUAUAUAAUAUAUAUAAUCUCAUCCCCUUUGAAUAUUACAUUUUUUUAGUAAUUUUCCGGCGCUCUAAUACGCUAUUAAUCUUUGUUACAGAAAUUCUUCAUUAUUGCUUUUUCCUUUAAACUUAGCACUGUUUAUCUUCCAUCUUUCUCAAGCCUGUAUAUUAUAUACAAACACGAAUAUACAUAUUUAAUAUUUAUAUAUAUAUAUAAACUAUAAACAUACACGUGGCACAUUGCAUACAUAUAAUGUAUUAUACAAAUAAAUAAUUUUGUUAUAUUCUUAAUUAGUUUUAUCAAGUCUGUAUGUAUUAUUAUUAUUAUUAUCAUUUUUUUUUUUUUUUUAACAAGAGUUGUAAAUUAAAAAUUUUACUAUUGAAUAUUUCUGUUCUAAUAAAUACUUAUCGAGCAGAAUA